AUGGCGUCCACUGAAGAUGGCGUCAAAACGAACGAAAAGCUCUUCCCUGUCCUCGCCGAAGGAAGGCAUGCUGCUAGGAAGGAGCAAUCGAUGACCCUCUGGCAAGCCCUUCGACUAUACCCGAAAGCAGUUGGGUGGUCUAUCCUCCUCUCGUCUACUCUCGUCAUGGAAGGGUACGACCUUGCUCUGUUGAGCUCGAUGUACGCCUCCCCUGCCUUCAAUCAGAAAUUUGGCGAGCAGACAGCUUCAGGCAAAUGGGCCGUCCCAGCAUCCUGGCAGUCUGGUCUUUCCAACGGUGCACGUUGCGGGGAAGUCAUCGGACUUUUGAUCAAUGGCUUGGUCUCAGAACGACUGGGGUAUCGUCGAACAAUGAUAUGUGCUCUGGUCAUGAUCACGGCGGUCAUCUUUGUGUUCUUCUUUGCUGUCAAUGUGCAGAUGCUGUUGGCGGCCGAAAUUCUUGCAGGUAUCCCGUGGGGAAUUUUCCAGACUUUACCAGCAGCCUAUGCCUCAGAAGUAUGCCCAGUUGUUCUGCGACCAUAUCUGACAACCUUCAUCAACAUGUGUUGGGUUUUCGGGCAGUUCAUCGCAGUUGGUGUCAACCGCGGGUCAAUAUCUCGUGGCGAUCAAUGGGCAUGGCGCAUUCCCUUCGGCGUUCAGUGGGCAUUCCCCAUUCCCAUCAUAAUCGGCUGUCUCUUUGCACCCGAGUCACCUUGGUGGCAUGUGCGCCAAGGUAAUGUGCAAGGAGCCCGACGGGCGCUUCAGCGUCUGACGUCGUCCAAUGACCCGAAUUUCGACCCCGAAGAGACUAUUGCUAUGAUCCAACACACAAAUGAGCUGGAAAAAUCGCUCUCCAGUGGCACAACUUACAUGGAUUGCUUCAGAGGAACUAACCUCCGUCGCACCGAGGUGGUUUGCUUUGUUUGGUUAGUCCAGACUUUAUGUGGUCAAAACCUGAUGGGGUAUUUCGCCUACUUUUGUGUGCAGGCCGGUCUACCUACGAUUGAAUCAUUCAACAUGUCGCUUGGACAAUAUGGACUUGGUGUCCUGGGUACGAUUGGAUCAUGGUUCUUGAUGAGCUAUGCGGGCCGCCGAACUAUCCACAUCUCAGGCUUGGCCAGUCUUUUCGUCCUUCUCAUCAUUACAGGCUCCUUGUCGUUUGCACCAGAAGAAAACAAUGCAGCCAAGUGGUCAAUAGGCGUGAUGCUUAUCAUAUUCACCUUCUGCUAUGAUAUUAGCGUUGGCCCGGUCACAUAUUCCCUUGUCUCUGAACUUUCUUCAACUCGCCUGAAAGCAAAGACAAUUGUUCUUGCCCGGAGCUUGUACAACAUUAGCAACAUUGUUGUCAAUGUUCUAACAAACUAUCAACUCAAUUCCACGGCCUGGGACUGGGGUGCACGAUGCGCCUACUUUUGGGCUGGUACAUGUCUGGUAUCUUUGGUGUGGGCCUUCUUCCGCCUUCCUGAGCCAAAGGACCGCACGUAUGAGGAGCUUGAUUUACUCUUUGAGCGCGGGAUCUCAGCAAGAAAAUUCGCAAGUACAACCGUGGAUCCAUAUGAGGGUGAACCGACGGAGGUACACGAAGCAAAUGUAGAUAAAUAUUGA